AUGGUUUCAUACAGCACGCUAGCGAUCAGCAUAUGGGCUACUGUAAAAGCUGUAUGGAGGGGCGAUAGUCCUUUCGCGGGCUACACUGCGAUGCACCCAGUCAAUGAAGAAGGAAAAUAUGUCAUCCAGGCCGAGGGCAUCCGGCUGGCUUUCACGAAUCUCAAUGGAGGCGCCCCAACAAAUCUAUGGAUUAAUGAUACAAAUGGUAAUGAAAUUGAUGUACUCCUUGGUUUGGAACAGGCCAGAGACUACGCAAAUUAUACUGGACUUCUUGGAGGAGCAAUUGGACGCGUGGCUGGCCAUAUUAGCGGAGCAAAAUUCGAUGUCGAUGGCCAUACUUAUCACUUGUCUGCCAACGGCAACAACGGCACCAGUACCUACGACGGUGGAGCUCGUGGCUGGUCACGCAUGGCUUUGGAUGUUGGAUCGCACACGAAGAAUAGUAUCACGUUUGCCGUAUUCGACCGGCCUGGCAAAAAUGGAUUCCCAGGCAGUUGCGGCUCGAGUUUAACUCAUUCCGUCUAUCCAAACGAGUGGCGGAUAUCAUAUGGUGUAACGCCAUCGAGGACGGAUCAUGCCAUUCCUAUAAGCCUGAGUCAUCAGACUUUCUGGAACCUGGACGGAUUUGCUACCGGCACUGUUUCAGAGCAGACUCUCCAUCUACCGUUCUCGGGCAUGCGUCUGGAGCAGGACGAUCAUGGCAUCCCUACAGGCGAUAUCAAGGGCAACAUAAAGGAUUCCUGUCAUGACUUUUGGUCAAGUCCAAAGGUCUUGGUUACGCGCCGUUCGCCAUGGGAAAAGGACUCGAAUCCGGUCGCGACGCUCUCAUCGCCGAGAUCUGGUAUAAAAGUCGACCUGUACACUGAUCAAGAGGCCAUUCGCUUGCUGACUUGGGACGGUGGCAUGGAUUCAAACCUCACUUUGAAGUCGGCACAAGGCGGAGCUAAAGUCGUCCGAAACGCCGCAUUAUCAAUUCAGAUGCAGGACUGGCCGGAUGCCUUACGUCCUUGGUUUACUCCUGUCCACUGA